AGUUCUUUCCCUUCACAAAAGCCGAAAUUAUUUUUCAAGUGCGUUCAAAUCAUUGAAAAAAACCAAUAAAAUUAAUAGAAAAAUACAGCAAAGUUUGGCUCUUCUCUUGCUAGGAGCGACUUAUUAUCUAUUCCGGUAUAUCCUGAAGAAGAGUGGACGUAAAAUGGACAAAAAAUCUAAUCAAAUUUCUUUUGAAAUAGCCUUUAACAGUACCGACGAUACACAGCAUUGCUAUGAGACGAACGGAGCUAAUGUUACUGUUCAAGUUCCAUCCAGAACAACAAAUCAAGGAAGUUCAAUGGUGAAAUUGAAAAAUAUAAUUGGAUAUAAAUGGGAAAAUAAAAACUAUCCUGGGCAUCUAGUUGCUGUACAUAAAGAUGGCAAGAUUAUAGCUUAUUCGAUUAAAGUUAAUAAUCAAGGAAUGGUUAGACUUAUUAAUUUUGGAAUGAAUAAUAAACGAGCAUUGAUAAGAGGAUUUACAUCGGAAGUUCUGGAUCUUCAAUUUGCAAACAGUAAGGAAGUAAUAAUAGGAUGUAUUGAAGAGACAGCAUUGCAUGUUUAUAAAUUACCAUUUGAUGAUACUGAAGAUACAAUCAAGUGUGUUUUAUUGGUCAAAAUUGAAAAUCCAAUUAAAGAUCAUGUUCCAUUAUUGGAUAAAAUUAGCUUUUGUCCAUAUGUUCCCGAAGAGAAUGACAAAGAAGAUGACUUUUCGGUUCAAUUGCUUGUGUGGGUGCGUGGAAAUAAAUUUGAAUGCUAUUCAUUAAAGUCUAUAAUUGAUACAUAUGGAAAUGGCGUUCAUAAGGUUGAGAAUAUUAAAGAAGGAAUUGUUAGAAGUUGUGAAGACGACAGAGCAUUAAUUACAUGCUGUACAUUUUCACCUGAUGGAACAACAUUAGCAAUUGGAAGUGAUGACGGAUAUAUACGAUUUUAUCAAAUUUACUUCCAUGAAACUGUACCUCGAUGUCUACAUUCAUGGAGUCCACACGACGGUGCACCAAUAAGCAAUUUCUUCUUUCUUGAUAAUCACACACAACCAAUUGCUGGAAGUAGCCUAUGGAAAUAUGUAGUUACAUUAGCAAAGAAUAAUACAGAAAUUAAAGUUUCUAGCUGUGAUUCAUGGAAAACACUGCAAACGAUUCAAUUUAAAUCAGCGACUGAUAAACAAUUAUCAUUAAAAGCUGAAAUUGAUCGUACUUCAUCCUACCUCAUACUUAAUGACAUGACUAAUCGUCAACUUUAUGUAUUGCAAAUAUUAAAGGAAAAUGCACUUAGUCAAAAUGGUGAUGAAAUGAAUGGAAAUGAUGCAGCAAUUGCUCGUGUUUUUAUUAAAUCUAUUGCUGAAUUUCAUCUAGCAUCAACUGUUCUUAGUUAUGGAAUAUCAAAUGCAUCAAUUCGACGUUACAAGUGUGCACUAAGUGAAAAUUACUUAAUUGAUGAGUUAGAAGAUUUUGACGAGGAAAAUAAUUCCGUUUAUUGUGUUGUCCUUAAACUAUUCAUGAUUCUUCCCGAAAGCCUUCAAGAAUGUCACAUUUUGUAUCAAACAGCACUUAAUAAGAGUGCAGAAAUCCUUAAUACAGAAGUUUCAUCGUCUUCAUCAUCGACAGCUACAAAUUCUAAAUCGCCAGCACUUCAGCUUCUAAAUGUUUCCAAUACAACUGCUGAAAUUAAGAAGAAUGACUUGGCAUUAAGAACGCCACCACAAAAAGCAUCGCAAUUGAAUUUACUUACACCAGAUUCAUUUAGUUCACCCGUUGAAAAGCCUAAGGAAGUCAGUCAAGAAGUUUUAUCGACAAUUUUCAUGUUGGCCAAGAAUAAUCCAACAUCGCCUGCUGUUGUGACUAAUAAGCCACUUGAUAAUGUUCUGAAUCUUGCAAAUUGCUCAAUAAUUGAGGAAGAAAAGAUAUUCCAGCAAAAAAUUGCUGUUGAGCCUCCAAUUCAACUAAAAUCAGUGUCGGGUGGUUCAAGUCCAAGUCGUGAAGUACGUGAUAUAAUGCUACAAGCUGAUUCACAAGACAAUGAGGAUUAUUAUCCACCAGAAGACGAGGAAGACGAUGAUAUUGAUGAACCAGAAGAUAAAGCAGCUGUUUUAAGUGCUUUAAAUGCACUGGAUGUAACUCAUUUUAAGAAUAUCGAUGACGAUGACGAUGAUGAUGAGGACGAUGGAAACGAAGAGGAUGACGAGGAUGAUGAGCCAGAUAUAAAAGUUGUAACAAAGAAUCAUGAAUGGCCACAAGCACCACAAUUCGUCGAUUCAUCAACACCAGCAACCUCUAAACAAAUUGAAACAUUAUCAAAUCGAAUGAAUCAAAUGAUCGAAAUCAUGGAGCAACAAUCUCGAUAUAUUGCAGAACUACGCAAUGAAAUCUAUUCCUUCAAGUCACAAAAUAAUGCAGAAGCAUUACUGACACAAAAGAAUAUAGUAAAAGUUGAAGAAACCUGCAAAAAAUCUGUUGAACAAAAUUAUGAAAAAGUUUCUGUUCUGCUCAGCAAGGGCAAGUACGAUCAACGUGAAAUAACAGAAUCACUCAUGCAAUUAUUCAAUCAACUGUUCCGUACACAAACGCAAUCGCUAGAAACUGCAAUAAAGGAUAAUAUUAAGAACAUUUGUGGACAUAAGGCAUUUAUAGAAACCAUAAGUUUAUCCAUUCUGGCUGGCAUUCAAAAGUCGCUGGAGCAAAUAUUUAAGAAAUCUUUAGAAGACAUCAUGAUUCCAUCAUAUGAAAAGAUCACGAACGAAAUGUUCCAGGAAAUGGCAAAGGCAUUCACAGCUGGAACCAAAGAAUACACAAGAGCAUUCGACACAUACAUGAAACAAUAUGGAGCAGUUCAAUUCCAAAUGACUGAAUUUUCUGGUGCCAUUCACCAAAUUCCACAGCAAGUGAAGCAAGAAGUCAAGAUGCAAAAUGAAGCAACAUUAAUUCCACUAGUAAAUGCACGAUUCUUUAAUAUCAAGCAGCAAAUUGAAGCACUUCAAGCUAAGAUUAUUCAUGAUGUUAAGGAACAAGUUAAAAGUGAAAUUCAAAGUGGAUUUGAGUUACAAAAGUCAUCAUUGGAGGAUUCAGUAUUAUCAGCAGUUACUCGUUCACAAGCUGAGACACCGGCACCAACAGUUUAUGAUCAUCAGGAAUCAAUUCGACAGCACUUAAGUCACGGGCAAAUCAACAAAGCAUUUCAUCAAGCACUCAUCUCUAAUGACUUAUCACUCGUUGAAUAUACAAUUGAGAAAGCUGAUUUUAGUGUCGUUUUCAAGACUCCAAAUUGUCAACUGGAACAGACUGUCUUGCUCUCACUUAUUCAACAAAUUACUGUUGACAUGAGCAGAUACAGUGAGCUCAAGAAUCGCUAUUUAAAUGAAGCAAUCAUUAACUUAAACAUGCACGAUACAAUUACCCGCGAACACGCACCGAAAAUCUUAAGAGAACUCUAUAAUACAUUCAACACGUUUAUCUCAACAAAUCCAUCAAAUCAGUUAAAUUCAAGUAUGAAAAUGAUCAUGUUAGCAGCAUCAUCGAUAGCAAAUAUGUGACCACGGCAGUCUAUAUCUGGAAAUAUCUUGAAUUUAUUUUAACUGAGACAUCAUAAUAUUAUAUAUUUUGAAAGGAUAAGAUUUAAAACAAUUAAACUUAAGGAGCUAUGAUUAAUUUAAUUUAAUUCACAAGAAAGUAAUGGGAAGAGAUAGCUGAGACGAGAAAGCAUUUUUAGACAUUAUUGCUAUCUAGAAUGUGAGUCAUUUUUGAUGAGAAAUUUAAAAUUACUAAUAAAAUUACAAUUUUCAAGUUAA